AUGGUUGGUUUAGCCAAUAAGUCUUGGCCGUCUUGGCCAUGGCAAGGGCAGCAAGUGCCGGGGCCAGGGCCAGCUGCUGUCGACCAGGGCCAAGGCCAGCCAAGCUCUGCAGCAGCCAGGCAUGGCCAACUGCGGCCUCCCGUGGCCGGCAAGGACCAGCCGCUGACUCGCGCGACCGACAAGGGCCAACCUCGGCCUCUUCCGCCAGACCAUGGCCAUGAUCUAGCUCGAGUGUCCGGCCAGGGCAAGGAGCUGCCCCACGCGUCCGGCCAGGGCCAGCAACUCACUCCCGAGGCCGGCCAGCGCCAGGCGCGGCCUUCCAGCAGCGGGACAGCACCCGCGGCCAGCCAGCGGCAGCCGCGACCACCCGCGGCCAGCCAGCGGCAGCCGCGACCACCCGCGGCCAGCCAGCGGCAGCCGCGACCACCCGCGGCCAACCAGAGGCAGGCGCGAGCACCUGCGACCGCCCAGCGCGAACUGCCACCGGAGUAG